AUGACGGUUCUGCAACAUCAUGCAAUCAUUGGAGUGAACACCCAUGCAACGUAUCAUAUGUACGAGCAGCGACGACCAAUCAAAUUCACUCGUGGCGACCUCACACUGCUCGCUAGGAUGAAGCAAGUAGUACACGACAACUUAAAUCCGUUCCUUGGUAUUGCUUUCAAUGAAAAGUCUGAAAUGCUCUUGUUAUGGAAAUUCUGCUCUCGAGGAACACUACAG